AUGGAGAUCCAAUCGACAAAAAUGAUGGAUUCACAAUCAGCAAACGAUCAAUUUGCCAAACCGCGUCCUCGCGUGCCACGGAGCCCGGCGCAAGCGGCUCAGGUUCGGAAACAGAACCGCCGGCAAGAGUACUUGCAACGGCACCCGUCAUAUUUCGAAUCCUUGGAACAUGAGCUUGCUGAUCCAAUUCUGUAUGAUACAUUGAUCCGCCGAUUUCAAACAGCGGAGGAACGAGAGGAGGAGGGCAAGACGAAAGGUUAUUCGCGGGUUCUAGAAGUGGACUUGCUUCGGGGCGAAGCAAAGCUUCAACAGCUUGCUGCUGCUGAGUCUUCCACGGAUCAGGCACAGCAGCAGGGAUCUCUGACAGAUGAAGCUUCCAGCAUCCAACCCCUAGGAGCGGCCGGUGGUGAGCCCGAGACUAAAGAAGGAGGACGCCAAACAUGGGACAACUAUCUAAGGGAGCGGUUCGUGUUGGGCCGCGACGAAGACUUUGAUUAUGAUCCCAUUGAUGCAGACGAUUCCUUGGACACAAUGGAGAAGCGAGAUGAAGAAGAUGCUUGGUUCGAUGACCAGAAGCCAGAAUGGGCAAGCGACAAAGACGAAAAUGGCAACAAUGUUGAGAAACAAUUACAUGGCGAGACUGGCAUUCAAGAUUUCUGA